AUGCUGCGUUUGUGCUUCAGCCCUCUCGAUUUUUGCUUCCGACGUCGUGCUGCCUCUGAUUUUCUUCUCUGGCACACCGACUUGAAACCUCACGCUUCCGGUGAUUUCUCCAUAGCCGUUGCUCAGGCUAAUUACUCCCUUGAAGAUCAGAGUCAAGUAUUUACCUCCCCUUCCGCCACAUACGUCGGGGUUUACGACGGUCAUGGUGGCCCCGAAGCCUCUAGAUUCGUCAAUAACCGUCUCUUCCCUUAUUUGCAUAAAUUUGCUUCUGAGCAAGGGGGAUUGUCGGUUGAUGUGAUAAAGAAAGCCUUUAGUGCCACUGAGGAGGAUUUCUUGCAUUUGGUUAAGUUGUCCUUGCCUCUUAGUCCCCAGAUUGCGUCGGUGGGAUCAUGUUGUCUUCUUGGUGCAAUUUCUAAUAAUGUGUUAUAUGUUGCCAACCUUGGAGACUCUAGAGUUGUUCUUGGGAGGAAGUAUACUGAGAACAAGAGUUGUACUGUAGAGGCCGUGCGCUUGUCAACGGAUCAUAAUGUAGCCGAUGAAGAGGUGAGGAAAGAAGUUGAAGCUUUACACCCUGAUGAUUCACAUGUUGUGGUUUAUAGCCGUGGAGUUUGGAGGAUUAAGGGCAUCAUUCAGGUGUCUAGAUCUAUUGGUGACGUGUAUUUGAAGAGACCAGAUUUCUACCGAGACCCUGUUUUUCGGCAAUUUGGAAAUCCUAUUCCUUUGAAGCGUCCAGUAAUGACAGCUGAACCAUCAAUCAUUAUCAGGGAGCUUGAGUCAGAUGAUUUAUUUUUAAUAUUUGCAUCAGAUGGCCUUUGGGAACAAUUAAGCGACGAAGCAGCCGUUGAUCUUGUUUUCAAAUAUCCAAGAGCCGGAAUCGCCAAGAGACUAGUAAGAGCUGCUCUCCAGGAAGCUGCAAAGAAAAGAGAGAUGAGAUAUGCUGACAUAAAGAAAAUCGACAAAGGAAUUAGAAGACACUUUCAUGACGAUAUAACCGUUAUUGUAAUCUAUCUUGAUCAACAAAGAGGCUCUUCUAAUGGCGGAUCUAAGCAAACUGCUGUUGGCUACACAACUGCCCCAGUUGAUAUAUUUUCUCUAAAUGCCGACGAGGCUGAGAAGAGUAUGCUUGGUUCAGUGGCCUAA